UAAGGUGCCGUCGAAAGUUAGGCUCACUUUUUCCACUACACUUGUACAGAAAUCAUCUAGAUAUGUCCGAUACAGUAAUUCGUACACGAAGUUUAGGGACCCCUGCGGAAGGUAUACGAGAUCAGUACGCCGACGGUAAAGCGGCAAAAGUGUGGGAAUAUUUUAUUGGGGACCAAACCUCAAGAACUCAAACCUAUAAGGACUUCUUGGUGAAUCUUUUGCGCAAAAAUGGCUGCAAGAGGAUACUAGACGUUGCUUGUGGAACAGGUGUGGAUUCCGUCAUGCUUCUUGAGGAAGGUUUUGAAAUGGUUUCAAUUGACGCUUCUGAUAAAAUGUUGAAAUACGCGUUAAAAGCGAGAUGGUCGAGAAGGAAGGAGCCAGUGUUUGACAAGUGGGUUAUCGAAGAAGCAAACUGGAUAACGUUGUAUGAUGACAUCAAACAUUUUCUGGGUGACGGAUUUGAUGCCGUAAUAUGUUUAGGAAACUCAUUCGCGCACUUGAUGGACUCAUUCGGCGAUCAAAGGGAACAAAAGCAAGCUAUAAGAAACUUUGAAAAAUGCAUUAAACCCGGAGGAUUUCUUUUGAUUGACCACAGGAAUUAUGAUUACAUAAUUAAGACCGGACAGACACCGUCGAAGUGCUUUUACUAUAACAGCCAACGUACGGCAGAUAUUCAAACUUCCGUUCUGUAUGUAUCCGGAAAACCGUCGGUGGUGAUGAUGGACUAUUUUAUAGAAGUUCCGAAAACAAGACCUGAUGAGGAAAACAGUGUCAGCGAAUUUCGUCUGUCUUACUAUCCACAUAAAAUUGAAGACUUUAAAACCAUGUUAAUGGAAGCGUUUGGGAAAAGGGCGAACUACAAGGUAUACGGUGAUUUUGUUGAAUUGAAAGACAACGAUGUUCCUAAUUUCUACAUACACUUUGUGCAGAAGAGCGUAAAUAAUAAUUAUUAAUUAAAUGAAAAUGUUAAUUUAUAUAUAUUAGAGUUUAUUGGUACAGUAUUUAGGGAUAAACCCUUUGCUAGUUUGCAAGGAGUAGGUAUCAUUAAUUUUGUUACACGUGUUGAUAUAAAAAAAACCUGAAAGCAAUGGAGUUUAGUGGCUGGGAUUGCGAGGUGAGAAAGCAUUUCAGCUGCUCUGCAUCGAAGAUGUUACAUAAGUUGUAUAUGCUUCAGGAGUUUUUAUGCCUGUGAAGCGGAGUUAUGGGAAUAUAACGAGGACGACUUCGAUAAUCAGUCAGACUGAGUUAAAAAUCGGAUGUAUGUUUAGUUUGUACAAAUAAAAGUUGAUAUAAAUUUC